AUGCUAUCCCCCGAAGUAACUGAAUUGAAUGAGGCGGAUGAUAUGCCACGCGAGCUUCGCGGUAAAGGCAAGCCGAUGCCGUGCGACAAGUUUGUGAAGGUUUGCAGGUGCCCUAGCACACGAAAGGAAGUGAUUAUUUGCUACAGAACGCUCGGUGAUCCCUCCGACCCAUGUCUGCUGCUCGUCAUAGGCCUCGGCGGCACCAUGGUUCACUGGCCGCCUGAGUUUCUCUCUGAACUCCUCAAGAACGGUUUUUUUCUUGUUAUGCUGGACAACCGCGACUCGGGCCUGUCGACCCACUUCGACGGCUACCCGACCCCGUUCCUCCCCUGCAUGAUAUUCCAGUCGUGGUCCCCCCUUUGCGGAGGCGCGCCGCCCUACACGCUCUACGACAUGGCGCACGAUGCGUGGUGUUUGCUGACGGUACUCGGGAUCCGCCGUGCGCAUCUCUUGGGCACCUCCAUGGGUGGCAUGAUUGUGCAGUGCAUGGCCAUACAACACCCUGAGCGGGUGUGUAGCCUCACGAUUUGUUACUCACACAGCAGCGGCCCGUAUGUGAAACCGCAGGCGUGUCGCGUGACACUGGCGUUGCUGGACAAGCCUGCUAGCCUGUCCCUGAAGGACGUCGAGGACUAUGUUGUUCGCAGUGACUGCCUCUUCAGGGGCGACUACCUGCUGGACGAGAAGCAUGUGCGCGAGGUCGCCGUGGCUAACUUCACCCGAAGCCCUCCCUACAAGCAGGGGUUGCUGCGACACGUAUGGGCGGUGCAGCGCGCGACAAAUCGCGAGCCUGCCCUUCGCCGGCUGCGAUGCUUCCCAGUGCUCGUCAUACACGGCAGGAAGGAUCUGAUGAUACCGUACGAAAACGGCUUGCGGCUGGCGUGCGUGCUGUGGAAUGCAAAACUUGUUCUCUUUCCGCACAUGGGGCAUUCUAUCCCGAGGCCGCUCUACGUGGAGAUCGCGCUGGAGGUCGGUUUGCAGAAGCUACGCAUCGUGGAGAAAGUGCCGCGGUAG